GCAACUCGGUUCGUUCGACAUCAGUAUCUCCUUGUUCAUUGACCAUUGGUUAAUAAUCGAAGACAAGAUCUAAAGAAGUGCAACCAUGAAGACGUUUAUCUUCGCCAUUCUGGUUGUUACCUUCGCGGUAGCAACAUGUCUUGAUACAAUGGUAACUCCAUCCGAAUCUCUGCGCCUUCGUCGUGAAGCCGAUCCAGAACCGGAACCCCGUAACCGACCAAAUAUCCCAAAAUAUAUUCCACCACCAAGACCACCUCAUCCUCGCCUUCGUCGAGAAGCUGACCCAGAACCAGAACCCGGUAAUCGAGCAAUAUAUGUUCCACCACCAAGGCCACCACAUCCUCGCCUUCGUCGAGAAGCUGACCCAGAACCAGAACCCGGUAAUCGACCAAUAUAUGUUCCACCACCAAGGCCACCACAUCCUCGUCUUCGUCGUGAAGCCGAUCCAGAACCGGAACCUGGUAACCGACCUAAUAUCCCGACAUAUAUUCCACGACCAAGACCACCUCAUCCUCGCCUUCGUCGAGAAGCUGACCCAGAACCAGAACCCGGUAGUCGACCAAUAUAUGUUCCACCACCAAGGCCACCACAUCCUCGUCUUCGUCGUGAAGCCGAUCCAGAACCGGAACCUGGUAACCGACCUAAUAUCCCGACAUAUAUUCCACGACCAAGACCACCUCAUCCUCGCCUUCGUCGAGAAGCUGACCCAGAACCAGAACCCGGUAGUCGACCAAUAUAUGUUCCACCACCAAGGCCACCACAUCCUCGUCUUCGUCGUGAAGCCGAUCCAGAACCGGAACCCGGUAACCGACCUAAUAUCCCAACAUAUAUUCCACGACCAAGACCACCUCAUCCUCGCCUUCGUCGAGAAGCUGACCCAGAACCAGAACCCGGUAAUCGACCAAUAUAUGUUCCACCACCAAGGCCACCACAUCCUCGUCUUCGUCGUGAAGCCGAUCCAGAACCGAUUUGAUUAGACAAUCAAAAACCAAAGGAUGUAUUCAACCAAGACCACCACGCCCGCGAUACUAAUUUUUGCCCAUGAAGGAAUACGUACUGGAUUGUUCAUUAUUUUCUUAACAUACCAACAAUUGAUUGAAAUUUUAUUUACAUCUUCUAAAGUAUUAAUUUA